UUGUGUGUGGCGCAUCUGUUUGUCUUAUUGUUUGCUGGACAGCAGCACAAAUAUGCGGUCAACUUCUCAGUUCGAGAAGUUCUUGAUUCCUCCCUCACACCGCUAGACUGUGGAACAGCCGCCCUGAGGAUGUCUGCAAUUAGGACGCCAGAAGUUCAAGCAAAGAUUCUCCUUACAUUUUUUAAUGAAGAAAUGUGCUGCCCUUGUAAGAUAAUGAAAUGACGGUUUUGCAGUAAGAUAAACUAUUGAUAUUAGACUCAUACUGAGAUCAUCGCACAUUCUUAUAGGAGUUAAUAAUUUGUUACUAGUUGUUUGUGUUAAUGGAUAACGUCAGGUGACGAAGCUCGGAAAUAACGGCAUCAUAUAAACAUAUGAAAGUAUAUACAUUUAUUUAUAGAAUAUACCAGUGAAUUUCUGACUGUGACGAGAUGGCAGUUCUAAAAGAAGAGGACAAAACUGACAAAUCAGUUUCGCAACUACCAACAACACUAAACGAUCCCGGUGUGACGGUUACGGAUGAAUCUACGUGUGACAACAAUAAUUCGGAGAAACUUAAGCAAGGAACAGAAGGAGAUAGUAAAAAUGUGAAAGAGGAAGAGGAAAAAGGACCCCUGCCCCCCGAUGGGGGGUGGGGAUGGAUGGUGGUCCUAGGCUGCUUCUUGAUCACGUGUUUAAUCCCAAUGGUCGGCCCCUGCUUCGGAAUUCUCUUCUCUCGAUACCUCCUGGACCUAGGGACGUCCUCUACCAAGACAGCGUGGAUCUUCAACCUGCACUGCUUCAUGUGGAACAUCGUCGGCCUCGUGACGAGGCCACUGACCCAAGAAUUCGGGUGGAGGAACAUUGCCCUUCUGGGCUCUUCUCUGACAGCCUUGUCUUUCGCAAUCUCAGCCUUCGCUCCCAACGCCGAAUUCCUGUUCUUCUCUUACUCCAUACUUUGUGGUGCUGCAGGCGGUUCAGUCACUUGUAUCUGCUUUACUAUACUGCCCCAUUACUUCACCCGGCGACGUGGAAUAGCCAAUGCCAUCAUGAUGGCUGGCAUUUGCCUAGGCCAGAUUUUUGCUCCUCCCUUUGUGCAGUUUCUGCAGGAAAGAUACGGCUUCCGGAGUGCCACAUUGCUCUUAGCAGCGAUCAUGUUAAACGCAAGCGUAGGUGCCUCACUCUUCAGCCCUCUUGAGUGGCACACUGCGAAAGAUAAGGAGCCAAAAGCAGACCACCGUGAGGAAGAUGCUACCUUACUGACAGAGAAGCAAUCUUUAAAACCCGGUGGCAUCGACCACCUGAAGAAAUGUCACUCAGCAAAGUCCUUUGAGUACACUUUAGAAGGAAAAGAAGUCGAUUUGGUAGAAGUUAUGGCGCACGCAAGGAUUCUGAGAAAGCGCAACGACAAUCACAUUAGUGAAGCAUCCCGGUUGUCAAUCUCUUCGUCCCUGGCAGUGUCCACAAUGGAUAUUGCCGGCAUAGGAGCUGGAUUUGCAGAUGAUGAGAGUAACACUGAUGACAACACUCAGAACAAGGAAAAGAAAACACUCUGGAAGAUUAUAGCCAGAGUGGCCAAACAAACCAUAUCUGACCUGAGAAUCUUGAGAUCACCGAGGGCACUCAUCAUAUCGCUAGGAGCUACCUUUUGCCUAAAUGGGUACGUUAACUUCAUCAUGAUGGUGCCGUUUGCUAUGCAGGUCGCAGGGCAUGGCCUGGAGCAGUCUGCCUGGUGUAUCUCCACAUCUGCCAUUUGUAAUCUCCUGAUGAGGAUUAUAGUUUCCCUUCUGUCAGACUGCAAAAAAUUCAGCAUCAAGGCUUGCUAUGUCUCAGGGUUCGUUUUCAUCUUUGCUGCUAUUGUAGUGUUCCCAUUUCUGACCGACCUCCCUUGGAUGUUAGCCAUCAUCGGAGUCUGGGGAACAGGCGUUGGUAUGAACAUGGGACUCUACAACUUAGUUAUGAUCUCUGUGAUGGGAGUAGAGAACCUCGCCCCUGUAUUUGGCGCUGCUUGCUUCAUGGUAGCUGUGGGUUUCAUUACAUUUGGACCAAUUAUUGGAGUCAUAAGAGACCAGAGCGGGAGCUACAGCACAAGCAUGUGGGUCAUCUCGCUGAUGUUGAUGACGAGCAUCAUCCUGUGGUCGUUCAUGCCAGCGGCUCAGAAAUACGACAGGAAAUUUGAAGAAGACAGGAAAGCAGACAGCACAAUGCAAAUCAAGGUUUAGACAUCAAGAGGAUACAGGAAAUGAAGAAUGGCAUAAAGGAAAUGAAUUAAAGAACUCGACUGCCAGGUGGAGAACAGUCGAAUUAGCAAAUUGGGGAGCCGUUGCAAAGGGAAGAAGGUCUUGACCACGUAACUGAAUUUCUCCCGCGCUUCCUUGCAGUUCUAAGCCAUCAGUUUUUCUACAGUUUGUCCUGCGUCAUUUCCUGCUAAUUAACGAUGUAAAUUCUUGUUCUGUACUUAUUUUCUUCCUUUAAAGAAACUAAGAAUAUAUUGGUUUUUAUCUCAGAAUUCUGGGAUUAAUCGCAAAGGAUUUUUUGUAUUUCCCACAGUAUAUUUAUGUAAUAUUUUAAGUUCACAAUCAAGAUUCACUACUCGGGCUAUGAUUUGAGCCCAUAGUAUAUUGAAUUGUUUUCCUUUUAAGUGAUACAAGUGAUAUAUGUGAUUAGCAUCCCUUAUGUGAUCUACGUUACAUUGUAUAAGCUUAAGUAGAUCAGAAAAUCGUAAUAUCGAUUAACUGUUUUGGAUUUUAUAAAAUGACAGUGCAUUCAGUGCUUCUACUUGUUAGGCUGUUAUAGAAGAAUAUAGUGUUCAGUGCAUAAACUAUUAUCAAUAUUACUCUAGAUCAGUGACAAUAAUAAUAAAUGAUAAUAAUAAUAACAAUAAUAAUAAUUAUAAUAAUUAUUAUUAUUAUUAUUUUUUUUUUUUUUUUGCUUUAUCACAGUCCUCCAAUUCGACUAGGUGGUAUUUAUAGUGUGGGGUUCCGGGUUGCAUCCUGCCUCCUUAGGAGUCCAUCACUUUUCUUACUAUGUGUGCCGUUUCUAGGAUCACACUCUUCUGCAUGAGUCCUGGAGCUACUUCAGCCUCUAGUUUUUCUAGAUUCCUUUUCAGGGAUCUUGGGAUCGUGCCUAGUGCUCCUAUGAUUAUGGGUACGAUUUCC